UUGUACAGUUGGUAAACGGGAACGAAUAAUGUUGUACAAAAGGCUGUGGAAUUUUAGUAUUUUGGUGUCUGUAUACCGUCGUUAUGUCAACACUGCAGAAGACUAUUCUAAAAGCAAAAUUGCCACCUAUUGUGCCGGUUGGUUCAUUGGGGUCAAGGGGGAACCGGCGUGGUGGCAUUGGCAGAAAGAGAGAUUACACACCAGUUAAAUGGAGUCGUUAUUUUAGCCAGUGUCGUGAUGUUGCUGUAAAUGGAAAUCAGUUCAGAGUGUAUUGCUUGGGCGAUAGUGGCCCACUGCUGGUACUGCUUCAUGGAGGUGGCUUUUCUGCUCUAACCUGGGCCCUAUUUUCUUCCUCAGUGACAAGUAUGGUAGGCUGUCAGGUAUUGGCCAUUGACUUAAGAGGUCAUGGAGACACUGUAACCACAAAUGAAGAGGAUUUGUCUGCAGAGACCAUGGCAAGGGACGUUGGAGAUGUUGUGACAACCCUCUAUGAGACAGACCCACCUCCUGUAAUACUGAUUGGGCAUAGCAUGGGUGGAGCAAUUGCUGUGCAUGCUGCAAGUGCUAACUACAUCCCUUCGCUGAUUGGUCUCGCAGUAAUUGAUGUAGUGGAGGGAACAGCUCUAGAUGCGUUGGCAAGCAUGCAGAGUUUCCUUCGUGGCCGACCAACAAAUUUCAAGUCCUUGGAGCAUGCUAUUGAGUGGUGUAUACGAAGUGGACAAGUCAGAAAUAUCGAGUCUGCAAAAGUUUCCAUGCCUGGACAGAUUAAAAAUAGUAAGUCUGGUAAGCUUGCAACAAAUGACAUAGAUACAUACGUACCCGUGGACCAAGUGGGUGAACGGCACAGUUCAUUAUCCGGUGACGCCAUUGAAGAAGAAGAAACUGAAGCAUCAAACAGUGAGGGUCAAACAGGAGUUACAGACGUCUUCAAACAUCCAUCUGCUUUGGCCAACAACAACAGUGAGUCGUCGGAGUACGUGUGGCGAAUAGAUCUGGGUCAAACAGAGAAAUACUGGUCUGGUUGGUUUAAAGGCUUAUCCAAUACAUUCCUUAAUUGUCCAGUGCCCAAAAUGCUGCUUUUGGCUGGAAUUGAUAGACUUGAUAAGGAUCUUACAGUUGGUCAGAUGCAAGGCAAGUUUCAGAUGCAAGUGUUGCCACAGUGUGGACAUGCUGUGCAUGAAGAUGUACCUGAUAAGGUUGCAGAAGUCCUGGCCACUUUCAUGGUCAGACACAAGUUUGCAGAGCCAGAAUCCAGUUUUGAAAGGACCUUCCCAGCUUGUUGAGGAGCUUACGGAAGGAAGCCUGCGAUGUCAUGUCCUCCAGUUAACCCACUUUGGGUGCCGUUGUCCAAACUGUGUACUCUAUUACAGUAAACCUGUGCUAGUAAAACAGGUUUGAAAGUGUUAAUUUAUUUUCCCCAUGUGGUACAUGAGUCCAGAGAGUACAGAGUAACAUGUUUUUAUGUAAAAAUGUUUCUAAGUAAAAGGAACAUGUCAAGGAGGACAAUAUCAAAACAGACAAAUGAAACAAGGGAAGGUGAUGGAUAUUAAAACCGAGCCAUAAUAAAAUCAUGCACGAUAGCAGUUCUGCUGCUGAUGUGAUAUAAAAGGAGUAACUAAAUUUUGUUUGUGAAGACAUGUAAUAAUAAAUGCUGCUAAAUUUUCU